CUGUCAACGUGACAGUAAGUUAACCUAAUAGCAAGAAUGCUUUAAAUUUACAAAUAAACCAUUAUAAUUCUUGAGUUUGAAAAAGGGGAAUAUGAAGAUUGCCGUAGAAGGUUGUGCUCAUGGUGAAUUAGAAAAAAUAUAUGAUACAAUAAAAUGUUUAGAAGAAAGAGAGAAUAUAAAGGUUGACCUUUUGUUGUGCUGUGGAGAUUUCCAAACCUCGAGGAAUGAAGAAGACUUGAGAUGUAUGGCAGUUCCUCCAAAAUAUUAUGAUUUGUGCUCAUUUUAUAAGUAUUACAGUGGUGAGAAAAUUGCACCUAUUUUGACUGUUCUUAUAGGUGGUAAUCAUGAAGCGUCCAAUUAUUUACAAGAAUUACCCUAUGGAGGUUGGGUAGCACCCAGAAUUUAUUAUAUGGGUUAUGCUGGGGUUAUAAAUGUAGGAGGUGUGAAGAUUGGAGGAAUUUCUGGGAUCUACAAGAAAGGAGAUUUUAUGAAAGGUCAUUUUGAGAUUUGCCCUUAUGACAACAGUACAAAAAGAAGUGUAUAUCAUAUUCGUAAUUUGGAAAUAUUCCGUUUAAAACAAGUGACGGAACCUAUUGAUAUAUUUCUAUCACAUGAUUGGCCAACAAAUGUCACAGAUUACGGAAACAAAGAACAACUAAUUCGUUUCAAACCUCACUUCAAGGAUGAUAUUGAAAUGAGAAAAUUGGGAAGUAAACCCUGUGAGGAUCUCCUGAAUACACUAAAACCAAAAUAUUGGUUUUCCGCCCAUCUACAUUGUAAGUUUGCAGCAUUGAUUCCCCAUCAAAAUGAAACAGUUACAAAAUUUUUGGCUCUCGAUAAAUGCUUGCCAAAAAGGAGGUUUCUUCAAGUAUUUGAUGUCCCACAUGAUGAAAAUGAAGAAAUAAAAAUAAAUUAUGACUUAGAAUGGCUGACUAUUCUAAUGACUACCAAUCAUUUGUUAAGUGUGAAACCUGAGACCAAUUCUAUGCCUGGACCUUAUAGUGAUGAGAGAAAUUGCUUCAAGCCAACGGAAGAGGAAAAAAAUAUAAUUUUGAGCAAAUUAUCGAACAAUCUCACAGUACCUGAAAAUUUUGUACAAACCAUGAAGCCUUAUGAUGUAAAUAGCUCAAAUAAAGUACAAUUAGAACAACCUGGCCCUCUCCAGAAUCCCCAAACAACAUAUCUAUGUAAGUUGCUCAAUAUAGAUGAUCCAAUCGAGUUGAUCCUAAAGAAUAACGAUCAGAACUUCAGUGAAAGUAACCUUAGUUUAAAAACUAAUCAUUCGAGUUCGAACGUGGUCAAUAGUGAUUGUGAUUUGGAAGAAACUAGCGACGAACCAAGUUUCAUAAACGAUACGAUUGUCGAGGACAGUCCGCCUCAAACGAAAAGGUCCAUUUUAUGUUUGCCGGAACCCAAAAAUGACUCUAAUGAUCUGUUUUUUAUCGACACCGAGCCUUCAUCUUGUGACAAUUCGUGGAAGAGAAAAAGUCAAGAAAGUGUCGAUGUUAAAGACGAGAUAGUUUCGUGCAAGCCGGAUCAAAAAAAAUUCAAACGUAGGAACUUCAAUAUCUACGGUAGUGGGGAUAAUUCAUAGUGAAUAGUGUUUUUAGUGGUUUUGUUGUUUUUUCAUGCAAUAAGUUGUUCGUUUAAUCACAGAAUUGUUUUGCUUUCAUCAUUUUGUCUAUUUCAUAAAGUGCGGUGGGCUGGAUUCAUUGUCACAUCCAAAGUAGAAAAAAUGACAAAGAAUGGGACCCCUCUUCAUAGCAAGAUUAAAAAAAAGCAUCUAUUCAAACUGUUAUUAGUUUAAUAUAUUUAUUGUAAUACUAAAAACAUUUUGAGACUUGGAGAAGCACCUUAUCUGUGGGUACGUUUUUAGCCUUUACGGAAGACGGACCAGACAAAGGACACUGAACCCUUUUUAAAGGUCAGUCUUGCUAAUCUUUUAGUUAUUUUAUAACAAUUUAAUUAAAAUUUGUUGUUGUAAAUUUAAUAUUUUAUCUGUGAAUCAUUUGUUUAUUCCACUUUUUCUGUACUUUUUCUACAAAUUUACACCCCAAUAAUAGGCAAUUCCAAUGAAGCUGAGAAUUAUUUUGAAAAAAUUAGGAAUAAAAAGGUAAUGAUCAUACAAUUAUGAUGGUUCGUACAGUAGGAAAAAUUUUAUUUACAAUAAAUGAUAUUUUUUGUA